UAUCCAUAGCCACAACGACAGAAAAACAAACACUUGGUUGGUUAAAAACAAGUAACAAAAAUGAAAUCCGGCGGUGGUUUGGUGUUCGGAGUUCCACGCGCUGCCGCUCUUCCUUCGCUAUUCCUCAGCCGCCACCGCCGCCGCAAUGUCACAUUUCGUUGCUACUCAUCUUCUUCUUCUUCUGAUCAUGUUUCGUUUAUAAAAGAUGUGGCAGUAGCUCAACCUCCUGAGCACCUGCAUCACCUUCUAAAGAUGCUUCAGGUGAGAGGUGAAUCUGUAAUCUCCCCUGCAACAAAGCAAGGGAUGAUUCCCCUGGCAGUUCCUCUAUCGAAGAACAGCUCAGGUUCGGUAACAGCACUCUUGAGAUGGCCAACUGCUCCAGCUGGUAUGGAGAUGCCGGUGGUUGAGGUCCGUAGUUAUGGAGUGUGGCUUUUGGCCAAGAAUGUAGACCAGUAUAUUCACAGAAUCCUAGUUGAAGAGGAUGCUAAGGGUUCUGCUGAAGGCAUCAACGAAUUAUUUCAAGCUUCAGGCGAAGCUGGUGAAAAACUAUACACAAAGGGAGAUUUAUCUAAGUCCCGCAAUUCAAAUUUAGAUGUGUACCUUCUCCAGAAGGUCGGUCUUUUCCCAGACAUCCUGGAACGUAAAGUGAUGGACCAUUUCAAGAAAGGAGAUCAUGUCUCGGCAAUGGUGACUGGAGAAUUCUAUACCAAGAAGGAGCAUUUUCCUGGAUUUGGAAGGCCUUAUGUUUUCAAUGCUAAGAUUUUGCUCAAGGUUGGGCGUAAUUCAGAAGCUAAAGACGCCGCAAGAGGGGCACUAAAGUCACCAUGGUGGACUUUAGGCUGUCCAUAUCAGGAAGUUGCUGAUAUGGCUGAAUGGGAUGAUGAGCAAAUUGAGUUUAUAAAGGAAAAGGUGUCGGAAGAAGGAAAACAAGAAGAUUUGCUGAAAGGGAAGGAUGCUGCUCAGAUUUCAUUAGAUGAGGCUGCUUUUCUGCUUGAUUUGGCAUCGAUUGAAGGGAAGUGGGAUGAACACUUGGAACGGAUUGCCCAAUGUUACGAGGAAGCCGGGCUUCCAGAAAUUGCCAAAUUUGUCAAAUAUAGAGACUGAUAUACCAUUCAAAGAAUGUGGUGAGGAUCAACACUACCCAGACAAAUUAUAGAUUUCUGGUUUUUUGCAUUAGAGGCUUAUAAUGGGUCAAGCAAAUGCACCCAAUUUGAGAUUGUCAAAGUUCAAUACAAAGCAUUUGUUAUUAUCACUUGCUAUAUUUACUUGAUUAGGAUACAAGUCAUGUUAACAUUGUAAUUGACAAAAACACAAAGUUCUAUAGACGAUUAGUAUCAUCAAUUAUUGUGGAUGGAUGUACUGUCCAAGGUUGAUUAGAAUCAUAAUUAUCAAUUCUCUCCA